UGCGGCGAUAACUUUAGCUCGCAUUCAAGUCGAUCUACGCAACUAAAGUCAGUCUGAGUGGUGAAUAGCUUUCAAACAGAGCUAGACGCGGCAUUGUUUAAAUUUUAUACAAUCGUAAUAAUAUUACGAAUUCGCAAACUAACAUUGUACCUAAAUUAAGCGCGGUGAUAGAAAUAUUUCUUUUGGGUUUUAUUUUUUAAUGAGUUACCAUUUUUGUCUUUAUAAACGUAUUUAACAAUUGUAUUCUUAUAAAAAAUAUUUAAACAAAUAAGUUUAAUAAGUAAAAUAAAUAUAUAACCAUACGGAGUUGUGAAAAUAUCCGAGUGCAAAUAAUAUUUUUUUGGCUUCAAUAAAAUAUCGAAAAAAAAGAAAUUUCCGAUAGAUAGAAAGCCCGCCAAUAUAUUGAUGAACUUUCGGAGUUAAAGUGAAUUGAAUAUUCAAUUAUUAUAAAAAACAAAAAAAAAAAAGAAACAAGACGAAAUACAAUAAAGAAUAAAAAGCUGUAGACAGCAUUUGAACCAACAAGAUAUGAAUUAAGCUUGAGUAAAAAAGCAUUAAGAUAUAAUCACGCACAAAAUAAAAUGGCUAAAAUGGAGAAGAAAAUUCGUUCUGUAGAUAUCACAUUCUCAGAUUUAAAAUAUACAGUCGAUUCUGCAAAAAUUGGAGCCAAAAAAGAUGUACUUAAAUCAAUAUCAGGUACUUUUAAAUCUGGUGAAUUAACUGCUAUAAUGGGUCCAUCUGGAGCUGGUAAAUCUAGUCUGAUGAAUAUUUUAACUGGUUUUGUGAAAUCUGGAGUUAAUGGAACGGUUUCAUUUGGUAGUACUGCAAAAACAAGAAAAGUUUGUUGUUACAUUCUUCAAGAUGAUCAUUUUUUCCCAUGGUUUACUGUUGAAGAGGCAAUGAUAUUGGCAGCUACAUUAAAAAUAUCAAAUAAUUCAAUGAAUCUCAAAGAAAAACAUAUGCUUAUCGAACAUCUACUAGAUUUGUUAAAUUUGACAGGUGCCAAACAAACCAAAUGUGCAAAGUUAUCCGGCGGACAAAAAAAGCGAUUGUCUAUUGCUUUGGAAUUGAUUGAUAAUCCACCAGUGCUGUUUUUGGAUGAACCAACAACAGGUCUAGACAGUUCAUCAUCGAUGGAUACAAUAACCCUUUUGGAUAAGCUGGCCUGCGAAGGACGCACAAUUGUUUGCACAAUUCAUCAACCCUCAUCAACUGUUUAUAAUAUGUUCAAACAUAUUUAUGUUCUGGAUAAGGGUAAAUGUGCCUAUCAGGGAUCACCUCAAAAUACAGUAAAAUACCUCCGACAUUUGGGAUUGACUUGCCCAGAAUAUCAUAAUCCUGCGGACUAUUUACUUGAAGUUGUUUCCGGUGAAUAUGGUAAUUUUUCAAAAGAACUCUAUGAAUCUGCACAAAACAAAGCAUGGCGUUAUGAAGCAAUUGAUGAUGUUGAAAACAUGAAUAGUGUUCAAUUGGUAAAAAUGAAUGAAGCUGCUGAAUCUAUUCAAAGACGAUGGCCAUCAAUUGAAUCGACAAAACACAUUUAUCCACCUCCAGAAUGGGUUAAAUUAUGGUUACUCAUUGGAAGGUGUCAUGUUCAGUUCUUUAGAGAUUGGACGGUGACGUACUUGAAAUUGGCUAUGCAUAUAAUGUGCGCAGUGCUUAUUGGACUUUUAUAUGGAGAUUCAGGAUCGAAUGCAACAAAGGCGAUUUCGAAUGUUGGACUUUUUAUAUUUGGAAUUGCGUAUUUAUGGUAUACAACAAUGAUGCCUGGUAUUUUAAGAUUUCCAUUGGAAAUUGAAACAAUUAAAAAGGAAACAUUCAAUAACUGGUACAAACUCAAAACAUAUUACUUGGCAACUCUGAUAACCUCAACACCAGUUCAUAUUAUAUUCUCAUCAGCUUUUUCUACAAUAAUGUAUUUAAUGACCGAUCAGCCAUUUGAAUUGGAACGAUUUGUUAAAUUUGUUUUAACAUUAAUAACGACAACAAUAACAGCUGAUGGAUUUGGUGUUUUACUUGGAACCGUCCUAGAUCCAAUUAAUGGAACAUUCGUAGGUGCCGUACUAACUUGCUUCAUGGUUAUUUAUUCCGGAUUUCUGAUUCUUUUCACUCACAUGUCAUCAAUUAUGAGAGCAGUUUCCUAUACAUCAGCUCAUCGAUAUGCACUGGAAAGUAUGAUACUGUCAGUUUAUGAUAAUGGAAGAGCUGAUAUGCAAUGUCCACAAGAUGUCAUGUAUUGUCAUUUCAAGAGUGCAGAUAUCAUUCUCAAAAACCUCGGUAUGUCAGAAGCCAACUACGGAUUCAAUGUCGCAAUGCUAUUCCUUCAACUGGUUGCUUUUAAAUGUUUAGCAUAUUUCACACUACGUAGGAAAUUAUUCUCUCAAUGAUACACGCGAACAAUUAAAUAAAUAGUAACUAGUUUAGUAAAAUAGGUCCAUAAUUUAUAAUGUAAAUAGUUUUUAUAUGAUUUUUCAAAUGUUAAAAUAACAAAAUGCACAAAAUAUUAUUGUGGAGUGUGAUAUUUAGCUUUAAGUUACAAUUAAAAAAAAAACCUAAUAGUUAUAAAUAAGGUUUCAUAAAAGUUAUAUUACAAUAUGAAAUGUUUAUUAAUGUGCGUGCCUAUUGUUGCCAAUUUGGAAUUUUGAUAUUUAUUUUUAAAGAAACUAAUAAAAUAGUAUAUCAGCUAAGCAAAUACUCUA